AUGCUCAUUUCAUACCAUGAGGUAAGUGAGGAUUGUUUUGAUCACUGCGUUUGUUUGGGGUUGUUGCUGUGGGUUCAGGUUUUGCUGGUGGAGGAGGAGCUGGUUCAGUAUAAAAAGGGCACUCACAUCCUCCAACACGAUUAUCACCAAUCGCGGCUUCACUGGGAAACCUUUGAACCAGAUAAAUAG